UCAUUUACUGCGCCGAAGCGGUAUUUAUCCAUUUAUUCUCUGCUCCAUCCAUUCUCCAGGCCAAUCUUUCAGGAAAAUUUUGAUAGGACAGGGUCUCUUCGUGCCAAGUGAUUUUUCUUUUCUUUCAAGAAAAUGUGUUCAUUCUUUAAAAUCGGCCGCUGUGGCAGGAGCCAAGAUAUUCAUUUCUGACUCAGCAAUUUUUGAUUCGUUGCAUAUGUAACCUUGACCAAAUUACUGUAUAAUAUGAUUAGGAAUAGUCUGAAUAAUUGUACAUUAUAUUUGAAUCACAUUACCUUUUUAAUGCAAGAACUAUAUCUUACGUAGUAUAUAAGUAAUACAUUUUCAAAAGGAAACAAACAAAAUCAAAACCAGACUGAUAAAGGCCUGAAUUUCCCUCCGUUGUGGACAGACUCAACUCAUCAAUUAUAUUAUUUUUAAAAUAGCGACGUCUCGUAGUGUAUAUGAAAAACGUAUAAAAACUGUCGUGUCAUAUGCUGAAAAUAUUUUACAUAAGUGCAUGGAAUUUAAACAAUGAAACAUUUCGCCAUGCUUUUCAAAAUUCAUUCGCUUGAACAAUUAAUAACAUCCUACUUAUUAUUAAAUAAAUAAUACAUAAUUCCAGUUAAAUAACCAGUUAAAAAAUUCUAUAACGAAGUCCCACCAAAUUAAAUGCAUUCAUGUCAGUUAUAUUUAUAGCUUUGGAAAAUAUGUAGAAAUUUGUACGAAGUAGUUCUAAAGCAUUUGGUGCAGCCUCCUCUCCUUCUCUUCUCUCUAGAGCAAAAAAAAAAAAAAAAAAAGGUCAUGUUCAAAUAGCUGCUCGCUCUUAUUGUACGGCCUCAAGCUGCAGGAAGUUAGAACAGCGUUAACAUUCCACCAGAGCUGUUCGUGGUAUGGUGUCUAUGACAGAUGUAGAGAAGAGAAAUCAGAACUUAUAAAAACAAUACAAGUUGCACCUUUACAGAGUCGAUGUCUUCUAUAUCUACCCUGUAGAUCCGGAUUUGUGUCCAAAUGUCUAAAAACAUCACAAAUUCGCUUCUAGGGGAGUAUAUAGUGGAUUUACACGCGACGGAUUCACCACGUGACCCUGGACGACCUGCAAGCUGCUGCUUCCUGUUCGAAUUUGUUUGCAAAAUCAAAGUGAAACUCUAAAGAUCAUUAGGCCUCUUUCCAUUGUUAGCUUUGACGAUAGAGUAAGUACAUUUUUGGGCUACAUAAAUUUAGCUUUUGACUGAGAAUUUGUAUCUAAAAUAUACAGCAGCUGAUUUGGUUCUAUUUACUUAAUGUUUAAAAGUAUGAUGAAGGGCUUAUUUAAUUAUUUAUUUAUUUAUUUAUUUAUUUAUUUAUUUAUUUAUUUAUUUAUUUAUUUAUUUAUUUAUUUAUUUAUAUUUUAGAAGCAAAUUAUUAUUUAGGGUGUUUAUGUGUGUCCACACAGCGUCCUCUCUUUUAAUCUGCAGCAUGUUGUGUACCCAUAUUUUACUUUAAUAAAUAGCCAUUGUGAUUAAACAUGAGCUAUGCUUAAUUUUUAUUUAUUGUGUGUGUGUGUGUGUGUAGGUGUGUGUGCGUGUGUGUGUGUGUGUGUGUGUGUGUGUUUGGUGGGGUGUUGUACUUGGCUGAUAUGGUAGGCUGUUGACACCGGAGCGGAGAAAACUAAACCUUGACGGUCUCUGGAUUGUAUAAAGCUCACAAAAACACGUGGAGGUUUGGAUUCAACGGAGCUAAUUCCAAUAUUUUUCAUGCAAGGUAAAUAAAAAACUGACUGAAUCAGUAAGUGAGGUUUGGCUGAUUGUUGGCUGGAUGCCUGCUGGAACCGUGUUUUAAAAGAAUGACACCGAUGCUGAACUCUCGUUCCUCAUGCAAAGGUUUUCUGGUGAUUUAGGAGGCCGCUGAACCUGAAUUACUUGAUGAAUUUUCUAUCGAUCCCAAACACGCCAGAUUAAUCUCUGACGCUGCUACUGGGUGGCGGUGCAGAAGCCGGCCAGGCCACUCUCCCACUCCCCGGUAUUAGCGGAGUAUGAGAAGAAUAAGGGGGAAGAAAGUUGGCAAACAGCCUCUGCACACACCCUGUAUGUAUACAGAGGGAGGUGCAGGCGCCAUUAACUCCCCAGAGUCAUUUCUUCCGCUACUUGUUUUAUUUUAUUUUAUUUUCUGCUUGAAUUUGUUAGUUAGGCACUUAAAAGAAAAAAAAGCGACAGAAGAUCACUGUGAGGAUUAAGAUGUCGCUCUCUUUUUUCGUUGUAAGAACAUCGGCGAUUUUUGUUUGUUUGUUUGUUUGCUUGCUUGUUUUUGUUUGGGUUUUUUGUCUGAGAUUCUUCCUUUUCAAAAGCUCCGGGUCUGGUAAUAUGAGCAGACCGGUACGCGGAGCCAGCAGGGGAAAUGACUGAGGCUUAAAGGGAGAGAGUCUAAUCAAAAACUGAGGUCAUAUGAUCUUGCGCGUGCGAGAGCGGAGUGUAUGUUUAAUUCCAUUUCCUUAUCCGGGGGUCCGUCCAAGAGGCGUGCAAUUGGCUGCUUUCCGUCACGUGGAAUCCCAACUUUGUUCACUUGACAGAAAAGAAGGAGGGUUUAAGUGAACAGGAAUAACCGAAGACUAAAGGGAUGACAUAUAAAUUUUAGUUAUAUUUCUUUUCAAACCGGUGCAAUUUCAGAAAAAGACUGAAAUUAAUGGCCAUGAGCUCCUAUUUGAUCAACUCCAACUAUGUGGAUCCGAAGUUCCCACCCUGCGAGGAAUACUCACAAAGCGACUAUUUGCCCAGUCACUCCCCGGACUAUUACGGCUCCCAGAGGCAGGACCCUGCCGCUUUCCGGCCAGACUCUGUCUACCACAAUGAGCACAACCCGGCUCAUCACCAACACCGACUCGAGCCGCCAUACACGCCGUGCCAGCGUGCACCACAACCCGCUUCAGAAGUGACGUCCCCCCAGGGUCACACUGUUCUCCCCACCGGGCUGCACACCACUCCUGUGUCGGAGCAGAGCCACCGCUGUGACUCGGUAACACCGAGCCCGCCUCCACCUCCACCCUGCGGUCAAACACCUCGCAGCCAAAGCGCUUCUUCCCCCGCCAGCGGCCGGAAAGACCCGGUGGUGUAUCCGUGGAUGAAGAAGGUGCAUGUGAACAUCGUAAAUUCCAGCUACUCUGGUGGAGAACCUAAACGCUCUCGGACGGCCUAUACGCGCCAACAGGUUCUGGAGCUAGAGAAGGAGUUCCACUACAACCGCUAUCUGACACGCAGGCGUAGAGUGGAGAUUGCGCACACUUUGUGUCUGUCAGAGCGGCAGAUAAAGAUCUGGUUCCAGAACCGGAGGAUGAAAUGGAAGAAGGACCACAAGCUGCCCAACACGAAAGUCCGCUCCGGGACUAACAGCAUCACAAGCUCUCAGACUGUGUCCGGGUCUCAGAACCGAUCUUCCGGACCUCUAUAGCACGGCUCUUUGAGCUGCGGCAAUGUGGUGCCCGUCUGCAUUCUCCCGUUUUUCAGAUUGGAAAUCGAAGAUGUGGUGGAACAAACCCUCCGGAAUGUGCACUUUGGACCAGAGCAGAAACUUAACGUUUGAAAAGAGGACCAGCCCCACUCACACAGGGCCCGGACUGUUCCCUAACAAACCUAUGACUUUGUGUGGGGGGGUUUGUGGGACAUCUUGUUGUAAAAUCUGACGUAAAAAAUCCAAAAGGGAGGAAAGUGUUAGAAUUAAAAACACAGAGCUACACAGUUCGUCGAAUAGAUUUCCGUGAAUCCUAACAUUUCCUCUGUACGUUUUCUCCUCUCUAAAUGUACUUCUGCCGUCUAGACAGAGACACCCUCCUACCAUAGUUUGCUUAGAGUGGUGUGUGUGUGUGUGUGUGCGUGUGUGCGUGUG